UCAAACAAUCAAUCCUCACAUUCGUACGUGUGGCAGAUAACCGCUACUUAUCUGCUAAGCAUCAGGGUGAAUUGGUUAGUUGGCUUAAGAAUCGGGCAUUGAUUGUUGCUACAGUUCGAAUUAUCCGGGUGCACUCUCCAGGCAGCAAUGAGUCCAAUUCGUCCGAUUUCCGCGGAACUCGCUAAGGUGGCCAAAGAACAACUUCACGAAGAUGUUUCCCAGCUGGACAGUCAUUUGCUGGUCGUGAAAAGGUGGUUGAAAGAGUUGACCUCCUUUGAAGGAACGUUGGAGGAUCAAAACCUGAUAUCGUUUCUUCGAGGUUGCAAGUUUAGCUUGGAAAAGACCAAGGACAAGUUGCGAUUGUUCUUCUGGAUAAGAACAGAGUUACCAGAAGUCAUUCAAAACCGGGACCCCUUGGAUGACCGAGUACAGGAAAUAAUUCGUCUUGGAGUAGGAACUCCUUUACCAAUCACCGUGAACCCCACUGAUCCGAAAAUUUUCAUCAUUCGUGUUGCGCAAUUCGACUACACUAAGUUCGUGUUUGCCGACGUGAUAAAAGCGGCUACCCUCAUCAAUGACGUCCUAAUGAGAGAUGACGAUCAGAUGGUGAUUUGUGGAAUGGCGCUAAUCAUCGAUAUGGCCGAUGUUACGGCAGGUCAUUUGUUUCAGUUCGAGUUUAGUUUCCUGAAACAGGUGGCGAUUCUGUACCAAGAUGCAAGCCCACUUAGAAUGCAGGGAAUUCACAUACUGAACCCUCCACCGGGAGUUCAAUCUAUGGUGGGCCUGUUCAACAGUUUGUUAUCGCCGAAAAAUAAAGAUAGAAAGAUUUUUGUUCAUGGGACCAGUUUGGAGUCACUGCAUGAAUAUUUCCACAAAAGCACCCUGCCACUAGAAUAUGGUGGAACCCUGGAACCGAUUCAAACCUACGUAGAUCAAUGGGAGAGGAGGCUGAAAGAUAACAGGGAAUAUCUGCUGAAGAUGGCUGAAUUGCGGGACCGACAUUCGUAUGAAAACAAUCUCAAACCUCCUCAAUCACCCGGUGCACCGUUAUCUCCAACUAGUGGAAAGUCGCAUUUUGGACUGGAUGGAUCCUUCAGGAAACUUGAGCUGGAUUAAAUAGUUUUAAUUUAACCAUUGAUCAACUUGGUUCGUACUAAAUGAUAGAGGAAAGAUUUUUAAAGUGGUAUUUGGGGCUUA